UUCACCCGUGGAGACAGCCCUCCUGCGGUCGUGCCUCCACUUUCCCACCGCUGCUCCACGCGCGAAAGAAUCGCUGCCGGCUGCCGCCAUCGAGCCAUCCGCACGCCUCAUCCGACGGCCACCAUCAUUUCACGAUCCUUUCCCGGCCCCACUGUUUCUUCAAACCCACGCAACCACGGAUGCCGGUCCACUGCCAAGGUGGCGAGGCACCAGCCCGACAGAGUACCUUCCCCCACGGUCUCCCACCCACCUCCCUCACCGGCCGGCGGCAUGACGGCGACGUCCAGGGACCCGCGGCGCUCCCGCAUCCGCGCCCGCGUCCCGCAGCUGGCGCCGACCCCGAUCCGCACGGCGCGCGGCUCGCGCUCCGCCGCCGCCGACGAGCGCGUCCUCGCCGAGUUCCUCGAGGCCUCCCUCCGCGUCCCCGACCUCGUCCUUCCCCCCAGGAAGCGCUUCGAAUUCCCAUCGCCGCCGACGCCGGUUCCCGAAAUCUCCGCGCAGGCCCUCCUGUCCGGCGACUCCGCCGCCGCGCCCCCUGCGGUGAUCAGCGCUGCCGCUGAGUCCGGCGCCUUCCGCGUGGCCGGCGCGGUCGACGCCCGCGUGGUGCGCGAUGCCAUUGAAGCGUCGGGGGCACUGUUUGCGGCGCCGGAGGAGGUGAAGCGCGAGCUUGGGAGGUGGUUCCGGAGGGGGGAUCCUGUAGCCGGGGAGGAGUUCUUCUGGUUCCGGCCGGCGAGUCCGGGCGAGGAGGGCGCGCUGGACGCGUCUUUGCCCGGCUCGACGUACCGGGUGUUCAGGGAGAAGAUAGAUACCGUUGCGUCUAAAAUGGAGGACGUUGCAAAAAGGGUCAUCACGGUUCUAUCUGAUAAUGUCAAGAAUCCUAAAGGUUCCGCUCUGUCCAGAGAGGCAUCGUCAAUCCUGUGCCUGACACUGUAUAGCUGUAGCAUGUCAAAGACAUGUCAGAACGAGAUUGCAAGCACGGAUCCUGCUAACUCGCACGCUUUGAGCAUCCUUCUCUCUGGACGUGAUCGGCAAAUUUGUCUCCGAAACCAGGGCGGCUCAACCUUUUUCAGUUUGCCUGCUGGCUCUAUGCUUGUUACAAUCGACAAGCAGAUUCAGGAAUGGUCCAAUGGGGAGUUCAAGAGCGCUGCUGGUGAGAUACUAUUUGAGAAGACGGUUGAACAAGACCCGUUCAUUUCCCUGGAAUUUCUGUACUCUCCAGGAGACCUGCAUCUUUCUGAGGUUGGUCGGCACGCCAGGUGCAUUGACCAUCCCAAGCUUGUUUCUUUCAGGGAUCAGAUACUGAUCGCUCUGGUUCUGCUGUCUUUCUUCUACCUCUUCUGGUGCUGAGUGCAUCCGGCGUCCAUUCAGACUACCUCCUUUGUCAGUGCGUAAGAUUAGAUGCCCGAGCUUUUCUUGGUCCUAACUGCCUGCCCUUCUCCAUUGGUUGAUUAUGAAGUUUGGGGAAACACUGCAUGGAUUGCGGUGAUCACAAGUGGCUUGAGUAUUUCCAUUGAUUCACAAUUUUAUUUUUUGUUUGAGGAUGAAAAAUAUAAAAUAAACCGGGUAAAUACUGCCUUUAGCUCAUCCCAGUCGAGGAAAAUGUUAUGGGAUUGGUUGGUUGUUUGAUUGAGGGUGUUGAUUUUGGAACAGAGUUUCUCUUCUGUACAUUACUGAAUUGUGUAACUUGCUCUGGUGGGCUGUGGGUUGGAUAUAGGAAAAUGUUGCCAUGACCUUGUAACGUAAAGCCAUUCACUGUAUACGGUGUACCUGAAAGGAAGCUUGUAACUAUUUUUUAAUGAAUAAAUAAAUCUUGCAUUUAAGCUA